AUGAAUGUUGAAAAUAUAUUUGGAAAUGAAGAGGUAAAUGUAGAUGAAAUAGAAAAAUUAUCAAAUAAUGAAAUAAAAACAAGAAUUAGUUUAAUUGAUACAGAAGUAAAGAUAUUGAAGAAUGAACAUGCAAGAUUAAAAAAUGAAUAUAAGAAUUUGCAAGAAAAAAUUAAAGAUAAUCUUGAAAAAAUACAUUUAAAUAAAAUGCUACCAUAUUUAGUAGCAAAUGUAGUAGAAUCGUUAGAUUUAGAAGAUGAAGAAGAAGAAAAUGAACCAAAAGAUGAAUAUGAUUUAUAUGAUAAUAAUAUGAAAUUAAGUCAUGAAGGAUUUCGUGAUAUAGAUGAUGAAAAAAGAGGAAAAUGUAUGGUCAUUAAAACAUCAACAAGGCAAACUAUAUUUUUACCAGUACCUGGUUUAAUAGAAGCAUCAGAAUUAAGGCCAGGAGAUUUAGUAGGUGUAAAUAAAGAUAGCUAUUUGAUAAUUGAUAAAUUACCUCAAGAAUAUGAUAACCGUGUAAAAGCAAUGGAAGUAAUUGAAAAGCCAUCAGAAGAUUAUUCUGAUAUUGGUGGAUUAGAUAAACAAAUAGAGGAUUUGGUUGAAGCAAUAGUAUUACCUAUGUUACACAAAGAAAAGUUUGAAAAAAUUGGAAUUAAACCUCCAAAGGGUGUAUUAAUGCAUGGACCUCCAGGUACAGGAAAAACAUUACUAGCUAGAGCUUGUGCAUCUCAAACAAAUGCAACCUUUUUAAAACUAGCUGGUCCACAGCUAGUUCAGAUGUUUAUAGGAGAUGGAGCAAAAAUGGUUAGAGAUGCUUUUAAUUUAGCAAAAGAAAAGGCACCAGCAAUUAUUUUUAUUGAUGAAUUAGAUGCUAUUGGAACUAAAAGAUUUGAUAGUGAAUUAUCAGGUGAUAGAGAAGUUCAAAGAACUAUGUUAGAGUUAUUAAAUCAACUGGAUGGUUUUAGUACUGAUGAUACAGUUAAAGUUAUUGCUGCUACAAACAGACCAGACACAUUAGAUCCAGCUUUAUUAAGAUCCGGAAGACUAGAUAGGAAAAUUGAGUUACCUCAUCCAAAUGAAGAAUCCAGAGCUAGAAUUUUACAAAUACAUUCACGAAAAAUGAAUGUUCAUAAAGAUGUUAAUUUUGAAGAAUUAGCUAGAUCUACUGAUGAUUUUAAUGGAGCACAAUUAAAAGCUGUAUGUGUUGAAGCAGGAAUGAUUGCAUUGAGAAGAGGGGCUACUGAAAUCGAUCAUGAAGAUUUUGUUGAAGGAAUUACAUCAGUUUUAUCAAAAAAAAAAAGUACUCUGAAUUAUUUUACUUAA